UUUGACCUUGUUUUGGCGCCGUCUGGCGGGAACCGGUUGCGAACUGCGCCAUUUGUACCACGCGUUUACCGUCUUUGUCGCAGAUCAGCUCAUCGUCUCUUUCCGUUGACUAUCAUGGCUGCUAAGUCGCACCCCCACCAGGUUGACACCGAUGUCUAUAAGAAGGGUUUCUACGAAGUCCAUGAGAUUGUUGUCCCUCAUUUGGGCCACGUUCCCAUUGCAAAGGGAGACUUCAGCAGACUCCCAAGCAAGGUGCAACAAUGGGUAGCCAAGAAGGUGGAUCUCUGCGAGCCGCGUUGCCUGUACAUCUGCGAUGGCUCGCAGAAUGAGGCAGAUGAGAUCAUCGGCAAGCUGAUGGAGCGUGGUAGCCUCAAGAGGCUGCACGCCAUGGACAACUGCUUCAUCGUGCGCACUGAUCCUGCUGACGUCGCUCGCGUCGAGAGCAAGACCUUCGUCUGCACGGAGAAGGAGCACGACACGGUUCCGCACCUGUCCGAGGGCCCACACACGAACAUCGGGCAGUGGAUGAGCCCCGCCAACAUGGAAGUGGAGAUCAAGAAGCGCUUCCCUGGCUGCAUGAAGGGACGCUGCAUGUACAUCAUUCCCUUCAGCAUGGGUCCCGUCGGAUCCAAGUUCUCCAAGAUCGGUGUGCAGCUUACCGAUUCCAACUACGUCGUGCUGUGCAUGCGCAUCAUGACGCGCGUGUCCCCCAAGAUCUGGGACGCCCUCGGUGACGACUACUUCGUGAAGUGUCUCCACUCCGUCGGCGUGCCUCGCCCAGUCACACGGCCUGUUGUCAACCACUGGCCAUGCAACCCCGAGAAUACCAUGAUUGCUCACUUCCCCGACACGUGGAAGAUCGUCUCAUACGGCAGCGGUUAUGGUGGCAACUCGCUGCUGGGCAAGAAGUGCUUCGCUCUGCGUAUUGCCAGCAGAAUCGCCAAGGACGAGGGCUGGAUGGCCGAGCACAUGCUGAUCUCUGGCGUCACCGACCCCAAGGGAAAGGAGAUGUACAUCACGGGAGCAUUCCCAUCUGCCUGCGGCAAGACCAACCUUGCCAUGCUGCGCCCCAACCUUCCAGGAUGGACCGUACGAUGCGUGGGUGACGACAUCGGCUGGCUGCGUUUCCUUGAUGACGGCAAGCUGUACGGCAUCAACCCCGAGUCCGGCUUCUUCGGUGUCGCGCCGGGCACGAGCAUGAAGACCAACCCCAUGGCCAUGCUGACGUGCAAGACAAACACCAUCUUCACGAACACUGCCGACAGUGUCGACGGCCGUGUCUACUGGGAGGGACUCGAGGACGAGUUCGAAGAACCGAAGGACGUUCAGAUGACCGACUGGCUGGGCAAGCCCUGGAAGAUGGGAAUGAAGUCCAACGCUGCCCACCCCAACUCUCGCUUCUGCACCCCAGCUGGCCAGUGCCCCAUGAUCCACCCACUGUGGGAGGACCCCAACGGUGUACCAAUCUCCGCUAUCAUCUUCGGUGGCCGCAGACCGAAGGGUGUGCCGCUUGUGUUCGAAACCUUCGACUGGAACCACGGUGUGUUCGUCGGUGCCUGCGUGAAGUCUGAGACAACGGCCGCUGCCGAAUUCAAGGGCAAGAACAUUAUGCACGAUCCAAUGGCCAUGAGACCAUUCAUGGGCUACAACUGGGGAGAUUACCUCAAGCACUGGCUUCAAUUUGGCAAGAACCCGAAGAACAAGCUGCCAAAAAUCUUCCACGUGAACUGGUUCCGUACUGACGACAACGGCAAGUUCUUGUGGCCUGGAUUCGGAGACAACAUCCGUGUCAUUGAUUGGAUUCUCCGUCGCUGCAGAGGAGAGGAGGACAUCGGUAUUAAGACUCCCAUUGGAAUCGUGCCGAAGGAAGGCACGAUCAACCUGGAAGGACUACCACAGCUUGACUGGAAGGCGAUGUUUGAGAUCCCCAAAGACUACUGGCUGGAAGACAUGGUGGAGACACACAACUUCUUCCAGGCCCAGCUGGGCACUGAUCUCCCAGAAGAGGUCAGGCAAGAGAUGGAAAAGCAGGAGGCCCGCCUCAAGACCAUGUAAACGCAUGCACCCUAACAAGGCGCCCCCUGUAGGUGCUCUUCACACCAGCAGCUGCGUUAGCAUUUCUAGUAACACGUAGUGAAAGCGUUCCACGUAGUGAUGAUUGUUCCACUUAGGGUCACCCUAUCGACGUGUAUUGUAUCGUUUGUCAUCUGUUAGGCGUGACUUGAUGUUAGGAAUACAUACCACCAUUGCAUUCUUUCAUUGGCUAUCUAUUCUUGAAGAUGGUAUUACAAAAUGCUCAACUGAAAUACUUGUAGACAUCUUGUGUGUAUAACGUUUCCAUGUGCAUCGUUUCAAGAAGAUAGAAACAUUAGUAGGUGUGUGGUUAGGUAUGUUAAGAAGUGGGCAGCGGUUAAAGGCGACAGCGUAUUCCAUAGUCGUUUCAGUUCACUAGCAGAUUUCAGUGGCAGGAUGCAUAGAUCUGGUGAUCAAGAAAACCCGGUACAUAUGAAAAUCCCAGUUUUAAGAAUCUUUAUGCAAGGAGAUACACAUGCCAUUUAAGAAAGAUGCUGUUGAUCUCUUAAUCUGUGUUAAUGUAGCUGCACGUUGGUGUUAUGACUUACUGUGUUAGUGUAUGAUUAUUGAACAAAGUUCUUCAAAAACUGUUACUGUUGUUAUGGGCACAUUUUUAAUCACAGAAUCUUCUAAUUAACAAUCACUAAUAUUACGAUUCUAAGUUGACUGGAUUGUAGUAUAACUAGUCUGAAAGCAGCUAUAAAAAUGAAAGUCCUUGUAAACCAAAUCAAAUGGAGUUAUAGAAUUAGGUGACAACUAUGAAUGUAAGGAAUUGCACACGAGUAAAUCAAUAAAUUCCAUGGAAGUUGUAGCUAUAA